GUAGUGACGUCACAGUCAGCUGACUCAAACCGGAAGCCCGUCAAAACAACAUAGGUUCUUAAAUUAAGCGUCAGUACUUGGUGGGUUUUGGCUGAUUUAGAAUGGAGUCGACCUUAGAGCAACACCUCGACGACACCAUGAAAAACCCAGCAGUGGUGGGUGUGCUUUGUACGGAUCAGCAAGGACACAACCUGGGCUGUAGAGGCUCCCUCUCCGAUGAACAUGGUGGUGUUGUGUCAGUUUUGGCUAAACAAGCUGCAGCUCUCACAAAAGACCCAACAGACACUCCUACUGUGUGCCUGGAGUCUGACUCAGGAACUAUUUUGGUGAGGAAUCAUGGGACUGUCACAGUUGCUGUUCACAAGAUUGCCUCCUAAAAAGACCUUGACCACCAGACCAGAGAUAUUUGUUCAAAUAAACACAUCGGACACACAAUGAGCACAUGGAAAUACCGCAGUGUCCGUCAAUAACUGUAUAAAAAAAGACAAAUAAAAAAAACUCUCAGUAAUAAUGAA